AUGGCCUACUACGAUACCCCGUUGUUCGCAAACCUCAGCCUCGAGCGGCUGUUUGGUGCCAUUGCCCACGCAACGGUUGCCUACGACGACUUUGGGGAGCCCGAGCCGGAGGACAUGGCGGACCGCGAUCCCCGUUGGGACACGUUUCCGCCGUUCCACAACUUCCUGCGCGAAACGUACCCUUUGGUCCAUAAACAUGCCAAGCUCCAAGUUGUUGGCGGUUACUCGCUGCUGUUCACACUGGAGGGAACCUCGGACGCCAAGCCACUGAUGCUUGCUGCCCACCUCGAUGUUGUGGCCGCGUCGACCGCGCUUGAUCGCUGGAAGUACCCGCCAUUCGAGGGUCACUACGAUGGCGAAUGGAUCUGGGGACGCGGCUCAUCAGACUGCAAGUCUAACCUCCUGGGACAGCUCUCUGCUCUCGAGCACCUGCUCGAAGGCGGGUUCAAGCCCAGGCGCACUCUCCUCCUUGCCUAUGGACAGGACGAGGAAGCGCGUGGAAAGUACGGUUACGCCGACGUUGCCAUCCGUGUCGAGAGCUUUGGCGGUCACUCGUCUGUCCCGGGACCUCACACGUCCAUCGGGUACCUUGCACGCUUCAUCUCGGCGCUCGAGGAUGCCGACAUCUAUUCGCCAGCCCUGACUAAGACCAACCCAUACUAUGGCUACCUGCACUGUCUCGACCUGUAUGGGAGUCGGAACGUUCCCAGGUGGCUGCAUUCCGCGCUCGAGAAGGAUGUUGUCGACGACAUUGCUGCGCAGGUCGCAGACCUUGGGGUCCGGUCACGUUUCAUUCUGCAGACCAGCAAGGCCGCGACAGUGGUCCAUGGCGGCGUCAAGAACAAUGCACUCCCCGAAGAAGCCGGUGUGGUCUUCAACUCGCGUAUCGAGACCACAAUGUCCGUCCGGGACCAUACCGAUCGGGUCGCCGAAACACUUAUCCCUGUCGCACGCCGUUACGACCUGUCAAUGAACUCGUUUGGCGACGAGCUGUGCAACGGCACACAGGGAACGGUCUAUCUGGAGCUGCUCGGAAACACGGAACCCAGCCCCAUUACCCCCUGGCACACGCCACAGUUUCAGCUCUACGCCUCAGCGGUGAAGUCCGCAUUUGGCGACAACACGAUCGUUGCACCCUCCCUCUCAGUGGCCAACACGGACACCAAGCACUAUUGGAACGUCUCGACAAAUAUCAUACGCUGGACACCAGCGCGUCUGGGCACACGUCUAGGCGCCCACACUGUUAAUGAGCGCAUCAAGCUGACGUCACACAUCGAAACCGUCAAGUUUUUCCAUGAACUGAUCAUACAAUUUGAAGCUGCGGCAUAG